AUGCCAGGGACGCUUUUGCCCCCGAGAUCGCACCGGCAGCACGCAGAGAUGGAUCGGCCAUCUGCGUCCCAGCCUGACUUCUACCUGAUUACAGACCAGGACACGGUCUAUGAACAGGAUUUGCUGCGUGAUGCAGGCAGUGUCAAGCCAUGGCUUGCGUACAUUGAAUUCAAGCAACAAAAUGGCACACUUUACGAACAAGCUUUUGUCAUGGAGCGAGCAUGCCGCAAGCUGCCACGAUCAUACAAGUUGUGGAAAAUGUAUCUAGAAUUCCGGACGAAGCACCUAAAAGGUCGAAACCCAGUUGUCUACCGUGCCGAGUACGUCAAAGUUAAUGCUUUGUUCGAACAAGCGUUGGUCCUUUUGAAUAAGAUGCCUCGCAUCUGGGAGAUGUACUUGUCAUUCCUACUUCUCCAGCCUUUGGUUACACACACUCGACGAACAUUUGAUCGCGCUCUCCGCGCAUUGCCUGUCACCCAGCACAACCGAAUUUGGCGACUCUUCAAGGGAUUCGCACGAUCUGUAUCUGGCCCUACUGCAGUCAAGAUCUGGGCUCGAUACAUGCAAAUCCACCCUGAAAACGCAGAAGAUUACAUCGAUGUGCUGGUCGAGAUGGGACAAUACACGGAUGCCAUUAAGGUGUACAUGGAAAUUUUGGACAAUCAACGAUUCCAGUCCAAGAAUGGCAAAAGCAAUUUCCAGUUGUGGACGGAGAUGGUCGAUCUUCUGGUGUCCAAGGCCAAAAAGAUUGAAACUGGGCCUCAUAUUGGCAUUGACGUGGAUGCGAUUCUCCGCAGCGGAAUCGAAAAAUUUGCGGACCAGCGAGGAAAAUUAUGGGCUGGUCUUGCCACUUACUGGAUCACCAAGGGUAGCUUUGAAAAGGCCCGUGACGUGUUCGAAGAAGGGAUCACUACUGUGAUGACAGUCCGUGACUUCACUUUGAUAUUCGAUACCUACGUCGAGUUUGAGGAGUCAAUUAUCGGUAAUCUCAUGGAUGCUGCUGCUGUGCGUUCAGAAAAAGGCAAGGUCGACGAGGAAGCCGAUUUUGACCUCGAUCUUCGCAUGUUGAGGUUUGAGCAGCUGAUGGACCGACGUCCAUUCCUUGUCAACGAUGUCCUCUUGCGACAGAAUCCACACAACGUGAUCGAGUGGGAGAAGCGAGUGGCUCUGUGGGGUGACAAUAAGCAAGAAGCCGUCAACACCUACACAGCCGCUAUCGCGGCAAUCAACCCGAAGAAGGCGCAUGGCAAGUUCUCGGAGCUCUGGGUCAAUUAUGCCAAACUUUAUGAAGAAGGGAAAGACCUGGAUACUGCAAGGGUCAUCUUUGAGAAAGCUGUCAAGGUUCCCUUCAAAUCCGUCGCUGAACUGGCAGAGACCUGGUGUGAGUGGGCGGAGAUGGAACUUCGCGCUGAGAACUUUGACAGAGCCGUUGAUAUUAUGGCCAAGGCAACUCAAGCACCGAAAAAAUCUACUGUGGAUUACUUUGACGAGACUCUCUCACCACAACAACGGGUCCACAAGAGCUGGAAGCUAUGGAGUUUCUAUGUUGACCUUGUCGAAAGUGUUUCCUCGUUGGAAGAGACCCGGAAGGUCUACGAGCGCAUUUUUGAACUGCGCAUUGCUACUCCCCAGACCGUGGUGAAUUACGCCAAUCUGUUGGAGGAGAAUAACUACUUCGAAGACUCAUUCAAGAUCUACGAGCGGGGACUGGAUCUUUUCAGCUAUCCGGUCGCCUUCGAAUUAUGGAAUCUGUACCUCACAAAAGCCGUGGACCGCAAGAUUGGCAUUGAACGCCUUCGUGAUCUCUUCGAGCAAGCCCUGGAUGGAUGCCCGCCAAAAUUUGCCAAACCUCUCUACCUGAUGUAUGGUAACCUGGAGGAGGAGCGAGGACUUGCUCGACACGCGAUGCGCAUCUAUGAGCGAGCGACGCGAGAGGUGUCUGAUGAGGACCGGUUUGAGAUGUUUGAAUUUUACAUCACCAAAUCUGCCUCUAACUUUGGUCUCACUUCCACUCGACCAAUCUACGAGCGAGCUGUCGCCGCCUUGCCCGACCAGGAGGCCAAAGAAAUGUGCCUCAAAUUUGCCGAGAUGGAGCGCCGACUUGGUGAAAUUGAUCGGGCGCGAGCCAUCUAUGGCCAUGCAUCUCAGUUCUGUGAUCCUCGAACCAAUGCGCCCUUCUGGCAGAAAUGGGAAGCUUUCGAAGUGCAGCAUGGUAAUGAGGACACUUUCAAGGAGAUGCUCCGUAUCAAGAGAAGUGUCCAGGCUCAAUACAACACCGAUGUCAACUUUAUCGCUUCGCAGGCCAUCGCUCGCAGCCAGCAGCGUACCCAGCCAGAUGCGGGUGGGCAUGGCGAUGAGGACACAGAGCGUGCCGACGCGAUGGCUGCGCUUGAGCGUGAGGCUCGUGCUCCUGUGGGCUUUGUCGCUGCUAGCACCGGACCUGAAGGGGGUAAUCGCCCUCCAGCUUCAGGCAAAGAACAACCUGCCCCGCCGGCGAAUCCAGACGCCAUUGAUCUUGACGAUGAUAUGGAUGAUUAG